AUGGCAUUCAAGUUCGUAGUACUCUUGGCCUUCUUGGCGAGCGCCAACGCAGGCCUCAUUGGCGCGCACUACUCGCCGUUGGCACUUCCGGUUCCGUUGGCGUACGCCAGCGCACCGGCGGCAGUCAUCACCAAGACCGUGGACGCCGAGUACGACCCCCACCCUCAGUACAGCUACGCCUACGACGUGCAGGACUCGCUGACCGGCGACUCCAAGUCCCAGCACGAGACUCGCGACGGAGACGUCGUCAAGGGCAGCUACUCUCUCCUGGAGGCCGACGGCACCAGGCGGACCGUCGACUACACCGCCGACGACGUCAACGGAUUCAACGCCGUCGUCAGGAAGGAGCCGGUCGUCUACUCGGCCCCAGUGGCUCAAGCCGUCCUCAAGACCGUCCUUCCCGCCGAGACGACCGUCUCCCAGUACUCCACCGGCUUCACGCACCACGCCUACGCUGUCCCCCAAGUCUACGCGAACGUCGCCCAAUGGUGAACAAUGUCAACUAUGUCAACAAUGUGAUCCACAACUGAUC